GUAAUUGCACAAUGUAUAUCAAUAUCUCGAAAUGCAACUGUAGCAUUAAGUACAAAACGUUCGCAUAAAUAUCAUUCAAUUCAAGGCUUACAAGUUAUUACAAUAUCAAUUAUUGUUACAGCUAAUUGCUUCAUCUAUAUUCUACCAUAUAUUGAAAAUGUUUUAUUCUCAUAUGAAAAUGUCUAUAGUUGGCAAUUUCAUCCAUUAAAUAAUUUCACCUAUCAUAUUGAUGGUUUAAUUGCUAUCGAUACAUUACUUACAUCAUUAUUGGUUCAACGGAUACUUGAAACAACAGAUGAUAUUAAAAAGCUAUACUUUAAUCGGCUAUUACAGACACUUCCGGUAUUUGCAUUCAUAAUCCUGUUUAUGACAUUCUUAUAUGAACGUUUAUCAUCUGGACCAAUAUGGAUGCAUGAUGAUUUGAUUGCACGUUGCAAAAAUUCAUGGUGGAAAAAUCUUUUAUUUAUCAAUAAUUUUUUUUCAUCUCAUCAAACGUGCUUAGAUGGAGGCUACCUGUAUUCACUGAUAAUACAAUUCUUCCUAUUACUUUUACCAAUGCUUUAUAUAUCGAAGCGUUACUACACCGCUGUAUUAGCUGUUGCUGUAUCAAGCCUUUUUGCUUCAAUCAUUUAUACAUUUCAUGAAGUGUUAAAUACUAAAUUACCACCAACUUUAUUGCUUACAACAGAUAUGAUACCUCCUAAAAUUUAUGAGACAUAUAUUGAUUUAUUGUAUACCAAACCAUGGGCACGUGUACCGGGAUUUCUUAUUGGUUUCCUAUUUUCUUUUCUAUUUGUUAGUCAAAAAUCAAUCAAUAAUCAUUUACUACUGCUUGCUCCAAUAACACUUUUCAUAUUUGGUAUAUUUGUUAUUUUUGGACUCUAUCCGUACUCUAUCGGAAAUUCAAUUCCACAAAUUUAUCUUGCCGUAUAUUCGGCACUUCAUCGACCACUUUGGGCAUUUGUUAUUUGUUCGCUUGUUUAUUUAUGUUAUCGAAAUUGCAACAUUGGUAAACUUUUACAUUUUCUUGAAUGGCGAAUAUUUUCACCAUUCGCUAAAAAUAUUUUUGUGGUAUUUCUAAUUUCCGAACCAAUAUCGCUAUAUCUUUUUUCAUCAUUACAUCGACCAUUACAUGCUACUAUUUGGUCAUUGCUUAAUAUUGCAAUUGGAACAAUUAUUUUAUCAAAUUUUGGUGCAUUUUUAUUGGAUAUAUUAAUUGCGAUGCCAAUACAAAAUAUUAUAUUCGAAUUGCUAAAAGAUGAAAAAAGGAUGUUUGUGUUACAUUAA